AACGGGAGGGAUCGGAAAGACACAGGGACAGGCGGUCCCUUUUCAAAACAGGGAAAAUGGGUUUCAUUGCCCUCGCAACCAAGAGAAAAACAAUCUUCAGUGAAACCAGAACUCGUUAACUACGCAUUGAUCUUGAUCCGAUCCCGCUGAAUUAUUUUAUGCGUGAGUUCUUUGAAGUUUAAAAUGUGGGAGAUGGUGGUUUUGUCGAGAGCGAGGUCUCCCCUCCUGUUGUCCAGAACAAGAUGGCAGCAAUGCAGGCAAACUGAGCAUGGUAUGGGUACGCUAUAACUCCGUAGCUAACAUGUUCAGAGAAGCCCUGGAUUCUAUCACUUGUUAUUGUGUGUGAAGGUAUGGCCUCACAAGUCUUAGUAUACCCACCACAUGUUUAUCAGACCCAGUCAAGUGCCUUUUGUAGAGUGAAGAAACUGAAAGUCGAGCCCAGCAGCUGCGUUUACCAUGAGAGAGCCCACCCGCGGACCUAUUUGAAUGGUAGAACCCUCGGCAUCGCCAAGCCCACCAAAAGUGUUCGUUCGUUUCAGACUGAGGACUCGGCGGCUGGCAGACCCCGCGACAGGCAGGACCUCGCGUCUCAGCCGGCGUCUUUGAGCGGCUCGCACCGCCAGCGGCCCCAGGAAGGGGCGGUCCCCUCGCAGGGCAAGGGGCGGAGCCUGCAGGAGGGCGGGGAAGGUGGCAGCGGAGCAGUGAGGGAAGGAGGCGGAGACGGUGACCGGAGCAGCGGACGAGGAGGGGGAGGGGGAGGGGGAGGGGGCGGAGACCAGGACGAGAAGGAGAACGAGAAGGAGAACGAGGACAGCGCAGGUUUGAACUCGGGACUCGGUCCGCAGCGAUGCGGGCUGAAACGUAAGAGCGAGGAGUUGGAUAACCGGGAGAGCGCCAUGCAGAUAGUCGAGGACCUGUCCAUGUUGCCUGCUAUGUUGCAAACCAGUGUGGCGAACCCGGCGGGGGGGGCAGGAGCAGGGGUGGGGGGAGGGCCCUCGAAGCAGGGCGGGGCAGGGGCGGCGGGCGGGGAUGGGGACUACCAGCUGGUGCAGCACGAGGUGCUGUGCUCCAUGAAGAACACCUACGAGGUGUUGGACUUCCUGGGCCGGGGGACUUUCGGCCAGGUGGUGAAGUGCUGGAAGCGGGGCACGAGCGACGUGGUGGCCGUCAAGAUCCUGAAGAACCACCCAUCGUACGCGCGGCAGGGCCAGAUCGAGGUGGGCAUCCUGGCCCGUCUGAGCAGCGAGAAUGCCGACGAGAACAACCUGGUGCGGGCCUUCGAGUGCUUCCAGCACCGCAACCACACCUGCCUGGUGUUCGAGAUGCUGGAGCAGAACCUGUACGACUUCCUCAAGCAGAACAAGUUCAGCCCGCUGCCGCUCAAGGUGAUCCGGCCCAUCCUGCAGCAGGUGGCCACCGCGCUGAAGAAGCUGAAGAGCCUGGGGCUCAUCCACGCCGACCUCAAGCCCGAGAACAUCAUGCUGGUGGACCCUGUGCGGCAGCCCUACAGGGUGAAGGUCAUAGACUUUGGCUCGGCCAGCCACGUCUCCAAAGCCGUGUGCUCCACGUACCUGCAGUCGCGCUACUACAGAGCACCGGAGAUUAUUUUGGGGUUGCCGUUUUGUGAAGCCAUAGACAUGUGGUCGCUGGGCUGCGUGAUCGCGGAGCUGUUUCUGGGCUGGCCGCUGUACCCCGGGGCGCUGGAGUACGAUCAGAUUCGCUACAUUUCCCAGACGCAAGGGUUACCGGGGGAACAGAUCCUCAACGCUGGGACGAAGACCGCCCGCUUCUUCUGCAGGGAGUCCGAGUCUCCGUACGCGGCAUGGAGACUGAAGACGACAGAGGAACAUGAGACGGAGACGGCGAUGAAAUCAAAGGAAGCCAGGAAGUACAUCUUCAGCUGUUUGGAUGAUAUUGCGCAUGUGAACAUGGUAAUGAAUUUGGAAGGAAGUGACUUGAUGGCGGAGAAGGCAGACCGUGGAGAGUUUGUGAGCUUGUUGAAGAAGAUGUUGCUGAUCGAUGCGGAGAAGAGGAUCGUUCCGGCUGAGGUCCUGGCCCACCCCUUUGUCAACAUGCAGCACCUCCUGGACUUCCCCCACAGCAACCAUGUGAAAUCCUGUUUCCACAUCAUGGACCUGUGCAGGUUACGGCCCGGCGCGUACGACAUCAUCAACCGCAACAAGGCGCCGUUCAUGAGGCCCGUCGCCACCGGCAACCCGGCCAACCUUCCUGUGGCCUUCAACAAGAUGGCUGCCGUUCACACUCAAGCGUUGGCACCGUCCGCUCCCUCUGUGAUGCAUCCUGGGAUACCAUUGCAGACAGGAAGUGCUCAGUUUGGCUGCAGUGACACCUUUCAGCAAACGCUUAUCCUUUGCCCCCCUGCUAUUCAAGGAAUGCCUCCCAACCCAAACAAGCCUGCUGGCUAUGCAGUCCGGAUGGAGAAUACUGUACCACUCGUGACCCAGGCCCCGCCUGUUCAGCCCUUACAGAUACGACCAGGAGUCAUUCCACAGCAGACAUGGUCCAACCGGGCCCAGCAGAUUCUGGUUCCAGCCUGGCAGCAGGUGGCGCCCCCGGCCACCACGCUGGCGUCGGACACUGUGGCCGGCCCACAGAGACUGGGGGACUGGAGCAAAAUGCGUCCCCACGGCACCCAUUACAGUUCCAUGAUGCCCCAACCUCUCCUCGCCAACCAAAUGGGCAUGUCGGCCCAGCCAAUCAACAUCGGCAUCGCGCACGUGGUGUGGCCCCAGCCCCACGCUAACAAGAGGAGCAAGCCCUGUCAGAACCGACUUCACAACCUGACGUGGUCUUCUUUCGUCAACGCUGAAAAUGCGACGCAACAUUUCGACACUUUGCCGCAACGCGCCGAUGCUAACAUCCCUUCUGCGACACGCUCGUCCCGCUGCAGAAGCAACAACUUCCUGCACAACGGCAACGCCCACAAUUCGGCAUGCCAGUCCCCAAAGACGUCGGAGGCGGGGAAGAGCGCGAAGGAGGCGCCCUGCCCGGUGCCGCAGCCCCAGCCGGAGGUGGGGGCGGAGGAGCGGGAGAGGCGCAGCUACUGCAAGGCGGGGCAGGACCCUGAGGAGCUCACCAUAUCCCACAAGCAGCGGCAGACCGUCAUCAUCGCCGACUCGCCCAGCCCCGCCGGCAGCGUCAUCACCAUCAGCAGCGACACGGACGCCGAGGAGGAGGAGGAGAGCGGCCAGAGGCACUCGCUGGGGGAGUGUAAAGGCAGCCCGGAUUGCGAGGCGUGUCAGAGCACCCUGAACAUGGAGCGCGUCUGCUCCCUCAGCAGCCCUGACAGCACCCUGAGCACCAGCUCCUCCGCCUCCGCACAGUCCAGCCCGUCCCCCUGCAAGAGGCCCAACAGCAUGUCGGAUGAGGAGCAGGAGAGCGGCUGCGAUACGGUGGACGGUUCGCCGGCCUCAGACUCCUCGGGCCCCAGCGAGAGCCCCUUCCUGGAGAGGCGCUACAUCAGCGACAGCAACCAGAACCGGGAGCCGCGCCCCGCCCGCAUCGCCCCGGUGACGGAGCCCUGCAAGCCCGCCGUGCGCACCAUGGUGGUCCCGCCCAUGAGGGUGCUCAACAACAACUCCAUCGCCGACGAGCACGCGGCCAACAUAGCCUUAGACUCUUCUUGCCAGUCCAAGGGCCGCUGCGUCCCUGGACGGCAGAACCACCACUCCGCCCCCCUCCUCAACCGCCAGCACACGAUGACCUCCGCAUUCCAGCAGCAACACCUGGGCUUUGGGCAGGUCCAGCAUUACGGCUCCUGCCACCAGGAGUGGAACGGAAACUACAGCCACCGGCGGCAGCAGGCCUUCAUCCCGCCCACGGUGCACGGGCACUCCUUCACCAUGCCCCAGGGCAGCCCCAACCACACUACGGCCCACCCCCACCCCCACCCGCACCACCCGGCCCUGCUCCCGUACCCGCCCUCGGGGCCGCUGGUCUCUGCCGCGCCCGUGGCCCACCUGCUGGCCCCGCCCUGCACCACGCGGGCCGUCCUGCAGCCGGCCUACGGCAUCGUGCACCAGGUGACCGUGGGCAUCAACCCGCGGCUGCUGCCCUCGCCCACCGUCCACCAGAGCCAGUUCAAGCCCCUGUUCCCGCCCCACUCCUACAUCGCCUCGCCCGCCUACGCUGGCUUCCCCCUCAGCCCCACCAAACUCAGCCAGUACCCGUACGUGUGAGCGCCGGCCCCCGCUGGGGCCCCAGGCCCAGGCGCGGGCCCCCCGCGGACGGCGGCCUGGCGGCGGCGGCCAGGGCCGCGGCCCAGCAGAAACGACGGCUCUCGAACCGCGGCGACCCGGGUGCAAUGGAAACUUUGAGCUUUAAAGAGUU